GGACCCCGACACCGUCCCCGGCCCGGCCGCAGGAUGCCAAACUGGGGAGGAGGGAAGAAGUGUGGGGUGUGCCAGAAGGCUGUGUACUUCGCUGAGGAGGUGCAAUGUGAAGGCAACAGCUUCCACAAGUCCUGCUUCUUGUGCAUGGUCUGUAAGAAGAAUUUGGACAGCACCACUGUGGCCGUGCACGGUGAGGAGAUCUACUGCAAGUCCUGCUACGGGAAGAAGUACGGCCCCAAGGGCUACGGCUACGGGCAGGGAGCAGGGACCCUGAGCACCGACAAGGGCGAGUCCCUGGGAAUCAAAUACGAAGAGGGCCAGCCCCACCGACCCCCCAACCCCAGCGCAGCCAGGAUGGCGCAGAAGGUGGGAGGAGCUGACGGCUGCCCCCGCUGCGGCCAGGCCGUGUACGCGGCCGAGAAGGUCAUCGGAGCUGGCAAGUCCUGGCACAAGUCCUGCUUCCGCUGUGCCAAGUGUGGCAAAAGCCUGGAGUCCACCACCCUGGCAGACAAAGAUGGGGAGAUCUACUGCAAAGGUUGUUACGCCAAGAACUUCGGUCCCAAGGGCUUUGGCUUUGGGCAGGGCGCCGGGGCACUGAUCCACUCGCAGUGAGCUCCAGGGCUGGGCCCUGUGCUCGCCCAGGGCUCCUCCUGUGCUGCCUGCCCACCCCACGCCGCAGUGAGUGCCCCACUGCCCCCUCCAGCCACCGCUGCUUCGCAGCACCAGCCCCUCCUGCCCUGCCCUGGCAUCCCCCGGAGCUGGGGUGGUGCCAGCACUGUUCCCUUGGGGACAGUGUCCUGCUGGGGCAGGUGGCACAGGGGCCGUUCCCUCCCACUGCAGCGAGGCCCCAGUGCCCAAGUCCUGCUCUGCGUUGCCCGUCCUGCCGGCCGCGUGCUCAGCCGUGACACCGAGCAAGCAAUAAAACACCCGAGAUAUCAAAGCUCA